CACACCAAACAGAGAGGCGGCAGACACAGACUAUCUCAAGGCUUUCUGAAGCCAAGCCCAAGCGCCAAACACGGCCAGUGUUGUCGAAUUCGCUCCGAACUCUUGACUAUCAAAGCAUAGCAGGGCUCUGUAUAGGCUGCCAGAACAUAUAGCCGUAACGCCUUAGCUAUCCGCCAUCAGCAGUCCUCAUAAUGUCUCACCAUAGGCUCUCCCCGCCUCGCGCUGAUCCAAUUCACGAUCCCUCGGUCUCUCCUCGAACUCCUCGCGUGCUGCUCGUCGGCAAUCUCUGUCAUGACGUCAUCACGUUGAAGUCCGGGAAAACGGUCGAGGCGCUAGGCGGCUCCGUCGCGUACAUCUCGCGCGUGCUCGACGCCGUCGGCAUGUCUUCGCGAUCCGUCGCGAAAGUCGGCUCUGAUUUCAAGUACUGGGAUGCACUAGGCCCGAAUUGCCGGCCGGUAUUGGUGGAAGGGAACGAGUCGGAGAGAGGGGGGUCAAACGGGGGAGGAUCAGUGGCAGCGAAGACAACUGAAUUUUUCGCGGAUUUCACAGGUUCUGACCGGGUGCUGACAGCGGGACACGUGUGUGAAGCCAUAGGAGCAGCAGAUCUGCCCUCCUUCCCAUGCUCGUGUUCUUGCCCGUGUGGAUGCCAAAGUGAGCAUUCACUGGGAAAUCCAUUGCCGAAUUCUCGUCCUGAUAGCUCCACUCCAGCUGAUGCUGCUGCUAUUCCCGCUGCGGAGGAUUGUGACAAUAAGAGGUGUGAUUCAUCAAGCCCGGGUGGUGAUUGCAGUGGAGGGAGCUGCUCUCACAUGCCAAUGUUCGAUGUCGGGGUGGCUGCUGGCGUGGCAGGGGAGGUUCAGCCAUCCACAGUGCGACACAUUGCAGAGAUUUCACGCCACACAGUGGCUGAUCUACAGUCAAUGGUGCGUCACAUUGACCCUGUAACAGGGGCUGUUGAGUUGCAGCAUCUUGAGAAGACUGCGUUUAUGGGCCUCAUUCCGCGAAUAUCGUUCCUUAAGGUUGCCAGUCAUGAAGCUGCCUUCCUGGAUAUUGAGAGGUGUGCUCGACUGCUUGGCACAGCCCAGGCGACAAGUGCAGUGGGGCAGUGCAACGGUAGUAGAGCAGAUGCGAUAGGAGGAGCUGUGCUGCUGACUCGGGCUGAAAAGGGGUGUACAGUCGUCACAAGGGACAGGGAGUUCGUGGUCCCGUCUUUCCCUGCAGUGGAAUUGGAUUCCACAGGUGCAGGCGACUCUUUUAUGGCAGGCUUCAUCAUUGGCCUAUGCUUGAAUAGGUCAUUAGAGGAGGCAGUGCAAAUGGGCUCUUUCUUUGGAGGAGUAGCUGUAGAGCAAGUCGGUGUGCCAAUCAUAACACCCCAAAUUGGUUCUAGGUGGCAAGCAACGUUCAAUGUAUAAUUCGUCAAUGCAAUUCAGGUGGAAUAUAUUUUUCUGCAUGAU